AUGAUAAAUUAUGCAAGAGUGGUAGAAAAAGGUGGUCAAGCACCGAUUGAUUUGAUUGAUAAAAUUGUGCAACCUAAAAAAUUUCCACCCUUAAUCUUAAAUGGUUACUGGUUGAAAGAUGGAAAUGCAACUUUGUGCAAUGACGGUGAAAAAGCAACAAUUUUUUUAAAUGGUGAUAGAAUUCCGUCGACGGUAUUUGGGGGACCGCUUAUAAAUGACGAAUAUGAAUUUCAUAACGCACAUUUUCACUGGGGGGAGGAUAAUUGUAGAGGUGCUGAACACACUAUAAAUGGUACUUGGUUUUCUAUGGAAUGCCACGUAGUAAACUGGAAUCGAAAAUAUCUCACCUUUGAAGAAUGUUUAAAACACCGAGAUGGUCUUUGCAUAUUAGCUUAUCUGUUUCUGGUUCAACCAGGAUCUUGUCAAUGGAGUAACAUCAGAUUUGAAAGAAUUUCCGAAAAUUUAAAGUAUAUUCAAAAUGCUGGAUCAGAGAUAAAAAUUCCGUCAAAUUCUUUAUCUUGGAUGCGAAAAGCAACAGAGUGUCCGAAUUAUUAUACAUAUCAGGGAUCUUAUAAUAUGAGUUUUUAUUAUCCGGAAUGCGUUACGUGGAUUGUAUUUCCAAUCAUUAUUCCUAUACAAGCUUGUCAACUUAAUGAAUUUCGAAAACUAAAAAACAAGAAGAGCAACUUUAUAAAAUCGAAUUGGAGAGACAUUCAACUUUUACGAGGACGACGAAUAUUUUUAGCUGUCUCUUAA